AUGGACGAGCAUGCGACCCCUCAAAUCGAUAAGUUCAUCACCAAGGAUGACUUUGGAAACGCCAUUGCCCCUAUCCCGAGCAACACGCGCGGCUCAACGGCAGAGUUCAGGACUGGAGGGCUCAGCGAUGUCGAGCAAAACUUGAAAGUCAUCGAAGAGGCCGUCGAGGCUAUUAGAUUUGGAAAGUUCCACUGGCAACUGGCAAUGUCCUGCGGUUUCGGCUUCCUUGCAGAUCAGAUGCUUCUCGUUUCAAUCUCCCUCGUCGGUCCUCAACUUACACCUGAAUUUGCACCUACCUACCCGAUCCUCCUCCCGGCUUCGAAUUACGCGGGUCUUCUCGUCGGCGCCAUAGCUAUGGGCUUGUUGGCGGAUAACAUUGGUCGCCGGCUCGUGUGGCAGCUCUCCAUCUUCGGGAUAUCCAUUAGCACAAUGGUCGCAGCGUCGGCGCCCAAUUGUGCGGCAAUCAAUGCUUGGGUUGCGCUUUGUGGGUUCUUUGGUGGUGGAAAUCUUGCUAUCGACUUGACUAUUGUUGCCGAGAACAUUCCACAGCGGUGGUCCUUCAUGCUAGCCGGCCUCGCAUGCGUCUGGGGUCUAGGAAAUUCUAUUACCGGAUUCCUUGGAUGGGGCCUCCUUCGAUACCUCUACAUUACCCUUGGCGGCCUCUGCCUCAUCAUGUCCAUCAUUCGCGCCGUGGUAAUCCGCACUCACGAGUCACCCCGCUGGCUUGUUUCUUGCGGGCGUGUGGACGAAGCGGUCGAGGUUGUGAAUCGGAUUAGUUCAAUGAACAGAUCUGAGUAUACGGUCACUGCGGCGCAGUUUGUCAGGACGACGAGGCAGCAAGAGACUGAAGAGGAAGAGGCUGUUGCAAAGACACAGUCUCUGGGGGAGAACCUGCGUCGUGCGGCGAGGCUGUUUGAGGGUUGGGCUCAGGUGCGAUUGAUGAUCUGCCUGACUUUGCUAUGGAUGCUUGUCGGCAUAGCAUACCCCCUAUUCACCCUCUUCCUCCCCUACUACCUCCGAGCCCACGGCGCAGACCUAGGCGACUCAAGCAGCUACACCACCUACCGCGACUGGGCCAUCACCUCGGUCGUCGGCAUCUUCGGUCCCGCCCUCAGCAUGUGGAUGGUCUCCAACAGCUGGCUCCGGAGCCGUAAGUCCCUCGUCCUGACGGGAGCCGCGUGCGCGGCCUUUUCGGCUGCAUUUACGUCCGUGAAGAACCAGUCACAGAACCGAGCAUUUUCAUGCAUGAUUAGCUUUUGGCUCAAUGCCAUGUAUGCUAUAAAUUAUGCGUGA